GUGGGGGGUGGGGGGACAGGAUGGAGUCAAGCCAGACGGAAAAGAAGGUUUCGGAUGUUAAUGAAUCUCAGCGAAACAAAGUCCAUUCGCUGUUCAAGGUCCCUUUUCUUCACAAGAGCGAAACCGGGGCUGACGAAAAUGACGAAUCAAGAAACUUUGACACCAUCUCCCAGGCGUCGUCCCUACGGCACGCGGUCUCGUCCAGGACCGACCCUUUUCGGGAGGGGAGCAAGGAAGGGACAGGCCGAAAGCUGUUGAACAUGCUGAGAAAAACUCUUAAAGGAAGUGAGAGUAAAGACUUGGAAGAUGGACAAGACAUACCAUCUUUGGUUCCAUUUGGAGAUGUGGUUGGCUGCCUAGCUGUUCAUAUAAAGAAAUGCAGACAUUUUUCACCCAGGAUCAACUUACAGUAUUACACAAAUCUGUUUAUUCGCAUCACUAUAAACAAGAUCAUGAAAUGUACUAAAGCUCAUUCCGUGAAUUUUAAGAACAACGAAAAGAAACCUACAGUUAAAUUUGAAGAAGUGAAAUACUUUUCAGUACAGGUUCCAAGACGUCAAGAUGAUGAAAGGAAUAUGAUUUAUUUGGAACUAAUGGAAUUUGAUGACUUGGAAGCAUACCCUGUACUGUUGGGGAGUUUUAGCUUACAUCUUUAUGAAAUCAUUCAGAAAGGAUGCUUCACAGAAGAAUUUUAUAUGAAGAUCAGAAACCUGGUUAUCUGCAAAGUUGAAGUGGAGUUUAUGUUUUCUUACGGAAACUUUGGUUAUGGCUUCUCACAUCAGUUAAAACCACUUCAGAAGUUGAUUCAGCCAUCCAUGUUUAUGCAUAUUCCCCCACCUGUAGAAAGAACAGACCCCCUAACAAAUGUUAUCACACCGCAACUAAUAGAAUAUCCAGCAUUCCUAUCACCAGACUUGAAUGUUACUAUUGGGACUCAACAAAAACAGACUCCUUUGACAUCUCCCGUACGACUUGAAAAACUUCAGCAACAACCUCGAGACAGGCUUGACAGAAUGAAGAAAGAAUACAGAAGUUUGAAAACAUGGGAAGAAAAGUCUUGUUAUUUAGAUCAAAUUCUUCGUAUGAAAGCAGAAACAAAAGAAUUUCCUGACUCUAAGGACACUGAUGACAAUGAGGAGCUAUUUAUAAAGAGUGAAGGUCCACUUCCAAAUCUCUUUGAGCCACCAGAAUUCUCAUUUAAAAAGCAAGAAGAUAAACCUCAUCCAUCUGAGUUGCCUGUCAAAACACCUGAAGUUAAGAAGAGCCUGCCACAAGUAGAGAAAAAAGCGGAGCCUCCAGAUUCAUCUUUGAUUAUUCAAGAAGAUGCUGAAACAAAAAAUGAAAGCCUUCCUCCUGAGGAAAGUACCCCUUUACCUCCUGUUUCAAUUAAAGAGAAAGAUAUUUGUGUAGACCCUAUAGAUGGAAGAGAUGAUCAACCGGUAUGUGAACACACUGAACCUGAAGGAGAAAUGCCAGAAAAAGAAAUCACAGAAUCAGCUCCCCCAGAAGUAAAGGCCAAACUGAGCCAGAUGGGCUCAGAGAGUAUGGACUCAGUUCAAUCGGAAACAAAGCUGAAAAGUAUCAUUUUGAGUCCAGAUAGAAGAAAGAAAAGCACAGAUGAAUCUGGAUUAGAAACAAAAAGGCCAAUGUCAAGGCAAGAAACCAAAAGAAGCUCAGAGGUUCUUCAGGAUCUAAAAGUAGACAGUGACACAAUCACCAAGAUGCCUCUUCCUCGACAUGUUUCCUUUAGUAUUUCACAUGAAACCAUAGAAUUACCGUCAAAUGCAGAUGGGCUAAACAAAGAUGUGAUUGAAGAAUAUGCUAGCUGGGAUCAAAAUAAAGACAAGGAUGAGGAAAAGGAAAAGUACAAUGAAGGUGUAGGUGAGAAGAAUGAAAUAGAUGAAGAAGACAGCGAGAUUAUUAUUGGGAAUACAUAUGUAGAGGACUACUCUUUUAGACAAGCACAUCCUGAAAGCAUGACACUAUUUCAAGGGUGCCAGAAAUCCACCAUUGUUAAUAGAGGAAAGUUUGAGCCUUUUUUAAGGAAUAUAACUGAAAUUCCCAUUAAAGAGGACGACAGUAAAAGAAUCCAAAAUGUGUCUAUUUGUACAGUUGUUAAAAAGGAUACAUCAAGUGCAGAGAUUAUAGAGCAUGAAGAUCAAGACCCUCCUUAUCCACCAACUUCAUCAAGCUUAACAGUAAAUUCAGAAAAUUCUUCCUGGGAAUCCAAUCCUGACAUCUUUACAAUAAAAUCUUUAGACACUGAAGAGAUAAGAAGAGGACUAUCAAGUUUUUCUUUAGAAAGUUUUGAAGGAGAAUCAUCCUUUACUAUAGAUAUAGAUUUGGUUGGGAAAGGACAGGAAAAUCUCCUCUCAGAGCUGUUGGAUCUUAAUCCAAGUCUGGAGAAAUUAGAAAAAACAGUAGUUCUAAAAUCAAUUUUAAAUGAUGACUUGAAGGACCUUUCAGAAGAAUUAUUUUCAAAACAAGGAUUCCUUAUGGAGAUUGAAGUAGAAAGGAAAAGCCAGAGUUUGCUGAACUUCAAUGAUGAAACGUUAGGUAGCUCGGAGAAUGCACAAAAUAAAAUCAAGAUUGUGCAGAGUGAACAGAUUGAGCUUUCUGCAAAGAAAAGUUCAAGUUCAAAAUCAUCCAAAAAAGACCUCAAGAUUGUGCAGAGUGAAAAGUUGAGUGAGCUUUCAGGAAAGAAAAGUUCAAGUUCAAAAUCUUCAAAAAAUGACCUCAAGAUUGUUCAGAGUGAACAGCUGAGUGAUCUUUCAAGAAAGAAAAGUUCAAGUUCAAAAUCUUCCAAGAAUGACUUCAAGAUUGUGCAGAGUGAACAGUUGAGUGAGCUUUCUGCAAAGAAAAGUUCAAGUUCAAAAUCUUCCAAGAAUGACCUCAAGAUUGUGCAGAGUGAACAGUUGAGUGAGCUUUCUGUAAAAAAAAGUUCAAGUUCAAAAUCUUCUUUCAAAACUGACCUCAAGAUUGUGCAGAGUGAACACAUUGAGCUUUCAGGAAAGACAAGUUCGGGUUCAAAAUCAUCCAAAACUGACCUCAAGAUUGUGCAGAGUGAACAUUUGGGUGAGCUUGCAGGGAAGACAAGUUCAGGUUCAAAAUCAUCCAAAAGUGACCUCAAGAUUGUGCAAAGUGAACAGAUUGAGCUUUCAGGGAAGACAAGUUCAAGUUCAAAAUCUUCAAAAAAUAACCUCAAGGUUGUACAGAGUGAACAGAUUGAGCUUUCAGGAAAGACAAGUUCAGGUUCAAAAUCUUCCAAAAGUGACCUUAAGAUUUUGCAGAGUGAACACUUGAUUGAGCUUUCAGGAAAAACAAGUUCAGGUUCAAAGUCUUCCAAAAAUGAUCUCAAGAUUGUGAAGAGUGAACAAUUAGGUGAGCUUUUAGGAAAGAUAAGUUCCGGUUCAAAACUUUCAAAAAUUGACCUCAAGAUUGUGCAGAGUGAGCAGAUUGAGCUUUCAGGAAAGAUUAGUUCAGGUUCAAAAUCUUCCAAAAUUGAGCUCAAGACUGUACAAAGUGAACAGUUAGGUGAGCUUUCAAGAAAGACAAGUUCCAGUUCAAAAUCCUCUUUCAAAAAUGACCUCAAGAUUGGGCAGAGUGAACAGUUGAGUGAACCGUCAGUAAAAAAAAAGUUCAAGUUCAAAAUCUUCCAAAAAUGACCUCAAGAUUCUACAAAGUGAACAGUUAGGCGAACUUUCAAGAAAGACAAGUUCGAGUUCAAAGUCUUCCAAAAAUGAUCUCAAGAUUGUGCAGAGUGAACAGAUUGAACUUUCAGAAAAGAUUAGUUCAGGUUCAAAAUCUUCCAAAAGUGACCUCAAGAUUGUGCAGAGUGAACAGAUUGAGCUUUCAGGAAAGAUUAGUUCAGGUUCAAAAUCUUCCAAAAUUGACCUCAAGACUGUACAAAGUGAACAGUUAGGUGAGCUUUCAAGAAAGACAAGUACGAGUUCAAAGUCUUCCAAAACUGACCUCAAGAUCAUGCAGAGUGAACAGAUUGAGCUUUCAGGAAAGAUUAGUUCAGGUUCAAAAUCUUCCAAGAAUGAUCUCAAGAUUGCAAAAAGUGAACAGUUAGGUGAGCUUUCAGGGAAAGCAAGUUCAGGUUUAAAAAUCUUCCCAAAAUGACCUCAACAUUGUGCAGAGGUGAACGCUGAAGGAGCUUGCAGGAAAGGAAAGUUUAGCUUCAAAGUCUUCCCAAGAUGACCUCAAGAUUGUGCAGAGUGAGCAGCUGAUUGAACUUUCAGGGAAGACAAGCUUAGGUUCAAAAUCUUCCAAAGAUGAUCUCAAGAUUGUGCAGAGUGAACAGAUUGAGCUUUCAGAAAAGACAAGUUUAGGUUCCAAAUCUUCCAAAGAUGAUCUCAAGAUUGUGCAGUGUGAACAGAUCGAGCUUUCAGAAAAGACAAGUUUAGGUUCCAAAUCUUCCAAAGAUGAUCUCAAGAUUGUGCAGAGUGAACAGAUCGAGCUUUCAGAAAAGACAAGUUUAGGUUCCAAAUCUUUCCAAAGAUGAUCUCAAGAUUGUGCAGAGUGAACAGAUCGAGCUUUCCGCAAAAGCAAGUUUAGGUUCCAAAUCUUCCAAAGAUGAUCUCAAGAUUGUGCAGUGUGAACAGAAUCGAGCUUUC